ACUCCCCUCUGCCAUUAAGACUGUUCAUUAGGGCUAAACAAAAGCGUUCUAAGUAUAACGGCUCUAUAUCGAUGGAAAUUGAUGCUAUCGAGACUGACAACUCCAUAAUUUUCAGCAUGGAGAGUACAAAAUUGAAGCAGUACAGAUCGGUUAACAAAGGACGCAAACUCACUUAUGAUGACAAGCACAGUAUGAAAGGCGCUAUUAAGCUGAUCCUGUUACUAAUAUUGUGGUCACGAUCUGUGUCUGGAAGGCCAGCAAGAUGUUCCCUUGCGCAAAAUUUCUUACGAUACUUUCCCGAUGCUCCAGAAGCUCAAAUGGAGUGCAAAGCAUGUCCUAAGUGCCCAGCAGGAAUGGGACUCACACCAUUAUGCGGUUCAAAGAUUUCAAACUACACCAUCAUCAAAUGUGAACCUUGCAGAGAGAAUGUGACUUUCUCUGAGACACACAGCAUUGAAAGCUGCAGACCCUGUCAUGACUGUGGAUUAAGGAACAUUAUCCAGCAGUGUACCCUUUAUCAAAACCGUCGAUGUGGAAACAAGUGCCCUGAAAGACAUUUUCUGGGCGACAAUGGUUUUUGCCAUGAAUGCUAUUUUUGCUGCUCCAACAUCCCCGAGUCUUCCAGGCUAAAAAACUGUAAAGACAUUGGAAUGAGCAGGGACUGGCAGUGCCUCAAAUCCCAAACGAAUGGGCUUUGCAAGGAAAUAAGGGAGAAAAAUGCAGAAAAUGCUACUUCAACUACUCAUGACGUAACCACACCUACUUCUAGUGCUGAUCUCGCUGUCUUUGAUUUUAACUUGAACUUGACUGGUAUGGUUUCAAGUGAAGAAGACACCAGGAAACCUGUAUUCAAAUCCGAAAAAAACAAUUCACUUCCAGCAACAACAAAGACAGGUACAGACAAGAGAUCAACAAAAGAAGAAGGAGAAACAGUGACAUCUACAUUUAUAGCCUUGAUAGCUAUUGGGACUGCCAUUAUAUUUUUUUUGGGUGCAAUCAUUUACUACUACUUUAAACGUUUGCAUCCAAACGUUACAAAUUCCAACGAGUGUAUACCCCUGAGAGGUAUGCAAGGUGCCGAAGAUAGAGAUGUCUUAACAGAAACCGCAGAAGAAGCUAAUGACAAUCAAGAGCCUCUCAUUAGUGAGCUUAGACAAGACCAGCCAAAAACUGAUCUGAUUCCGGCAGAUUGCAAAGUCUCUGAAAUGCCACAGCUGCAUAACCAUGAAAAUCAAAUACUAUUGCACUAUGUGCAAAGGAUGCUGGAUCCACUGGAGAAACAGACAAAGAAAAAUUGGCGCUCUGUUGGGCAAACCUUGAAUGUUUCAGAAGAAGACUUGGACCUAAUAGACACUGAUUACAGAGCAGGAAGAAGUCCUACAGUUAGUCUUAUUGGUAAAUUAAGUACCUUUUUAACAGUACCCUCAAUGAGAAGCUUUGUAGAAGCUCUUGUUACUUGCAAAAGGUAUGAUGUGGCCACCCAUAUUUGCAACUGGCCAUGGGAGUUACGCACUAUACAAUGAGGGAUAUCAUUCAGCAAGCUUGAAAUGAGAAAUAAUUAAGUAACUGGUCAUAACCUUCAGCUGUUAGGUCUUUAGAGAGCCCCCCACCUUAAAAAAACAAAACAAAAAAAACAAAAAGAUUCCGUAUAACUUCUGCAAAAAACAGGGCACACGGAACAAGCAACUAACUACAAGCUGAAGGCCUCUAGUAUCUCAUUAUGUUGAAAGCCAGGGAAAUGAACUGACAAUUUUUCUUUGGCUAGUAUGCUAGAAGCCACUUUAGACAACAUUUUAAAAACACAAAGCAAAGUUGCAGGUAACUUUAAUAACUUAAUAUGUUCCCAGUUUCACAACAAAGAGUCAUACUCUGACUUGCAAACAGCAAUACCAUGUUUUACACAGCAAACAUUGCCCUGCAUGAUAUCAUUUCCCAGUCCUUUAAUAACAUCCUUGACAUUAAUUUUCUCCUGUCAGCAUCUUUUGUAUAACAGUUUUAAAGUUCAUAACAUUAACCUCAAA